UUACCCCCGGAUUCAAGCAGAGCAAGGGAACAAACGGCAAAGAGCAGAGCCCCAACCAUCUUGGAAUCGAUUGCUUCUCUCUCAGUCGAGAUCGUCAGUCGAGGGGAAUCUUGGCCAACAUGGAGCUUAAACCCACAACCCUGAGAUGAAGAGUCUGAUGCUCUACCAACAGGAUUUUCCCUGUGCAGUGGAGUCUCUGUGCAAGAGAGGCUGGCUGAUAUAAGGACCCAUCUGGAACUCAAUUCCCAAAACAAGUCCGGACGCUCAAGGCCUCGCGGUGCUUUGCUGUGGCUGAAAGGCAGCAGCAGGCAAGGCUAACGAGAACCUGUCAGAAUCCGUGAAUGAAAGUGAGACGGCCCUGGUUCUUCUCUGCACCAGCCGUAGGUUUUGGGAUCAAGCCCAAGCACCAUGGGCAGGUUGGUGCUUCUAGGCCUUGCCGCUCUGCUCCUGCUGCGGAAGAGCACGCCCAGCCCCUUAGAGAGAUGUUUUGAGGAUCCAGAAUAUGAGGGGCUGCUGGAUAUUGCUAAGGAUGGGCUGGGCAAAACUGAAGAACCGAGACGGAUUGCGAUUGUGGGAGCCGGAGUUGCUGGACUUACAGCUGGGAAAGUGCUGCUGGACGCUGGACACAAGGUGACAAUUCUAGAAGCCAGCAGCUGCGUGGGAGGCAGGAUGGAGACUUACCGUGAUCCCGAGGGGGGCUGGUAUGUAGAUUUGGGCCCGAGGCGCCUGCCUUUCAGCCACAGAAUUGUCCGGGAAUAUGUUGCAAAAUAUGGCCUGAAAUUAAACCAUUAUUCAGACGGCAAUGGCAACGCCUGGUACCUGGUGAACAAUAUCCGAGCCAGAGUCAAAGAGGUGGAGAAGGAUCCAGACAUUCUGGGAUACCCUGUAGAUCCCUCCGAACGUGGGAGGUCUGCUGUGGAGCUGUAUUACGAAGCGUUGAAACCGUUAGAAGAGGACUUGGUGAGAUCAAACUGCAGCCAUGUGCUUGAAAAAUACGAUGCCUAUUCUCUCAAGGCCUAUCUGAUUGAAAAGGGAAAUCUAAGCUACGCAGCCAUCCGAAUGAUUGGAGACCUGAUGAACCUGAGCGCGGAGUUUUCCCGCAGUUUCAUUGAAUUCCUCCGAGAAGUUUUCCUGUUUACCCGUGAAAAGAGCCUUUUCUUGACCUCCAGGUACGAUGAAAUUGCUGGCGGGUUCGAUAUGCUGCCCAGGGCUAUUCACCAGUCGCUCCCAGCUGGCACCGUGAUGCUCAACAGUACCGUGACAGAGAUUCUCAGAGAAGGGGACACGGUUUUGGUGCUCUACCAUCCUUCCAGCUCCCUGGCCUCGCCGGGCACCAUCCUGGCUGACUACGUCAUCGUCACGUCCACGGCAGAGGCCACACGCCUCAUCCGCUUCCACCCUCCCCUCUCGCCUGCCAAGACCCAGGCGCUCCGUUCUCUGCGCUCCACAGGAGCCACCAAAGUGGCCUUGGCCUGUGCUAAGAAGUUCUGGGAGGAAGAAGGAGAAGAGAUCUACGGUGGAACCUCCAUCAGUGACCUGCCCUCCAGGAUCACCACUUACCCCAACCACAACUUCUCCAGCGGCCUGGGGGUCAUCCUGGGCUCCCAGACUUACGGGGACGACUCGGAGUUUUUCGCCCCCCUCAGCCCCCAACAGGCUGUCGACGUGGUUCUGAGGGACUUGUCCACUAUCCACCGGCGCCCCCUGAAAGAACUGAGGCGUCUUUGCAGCCGGUGGGUGGUCAAAAAAUGGAACCUGGACCCCCACGCCAUGGGGGCCUUCACCCUCUUCAGGCCUUACCAGCUGAGCGAACACAUGGAGGCCCUCGCCCGGAAGGAGGGGAGGGUCUAUUUUGCCGGAGAGCACACGGCUUUGCCACAUGGUUGGAUUGACACGGCGAUGAAAUCAGCCCUGAGGGCAGCCAGGGAUGUCCACCGGCACGCAGGGGCACAGGGCUGUGGUCACCAGACAGGCAUUUUUGAUGAUCAAGGAGAUGGCUCGGAGGUUUGUAAACCUCCUUGAUCCGUUGUAAGGCUAUGCCGCCUUUAAAAAUUCAGGAGCAGUGAGUAAAUAAAGGUGACUCAUCUGAA